GAGGGAGCGCGCGAGCGGAGCUGAGCCGAGCCGAGCCGAGCAGGGAGGUGCUGGGGAGAGACAGGCGGAGCCGGGCCGGCUGCCUGCGGCUCAGCGCCGAUCCUGCUGCGUCGCUGGGCUCGGAGUACCUCCACCUCUGCUUAGGCUCCCGCAAAACUUUUAUUCUCUUGGGCCCUCCGGGGUGUCUAAAGGAAUCGGAGCACUCGGCCAGCUCUGCGCUCCCCUGCAGCGGCGGCGACCGAGGGGACCUGCAUCCCUCGCCCGCCGAGCUCUCGAGCCCCGCGCCUCCUCACCUGGUGAUCGCACCCCGGAGCAGUGAGGGGGCACCCGCGAAGGGGCCGCGCGGGCGCCAGCGCCCCCGAACUCUCCCGCCCACCGCGGCAGACCCGCCCGGCACAACUUUAACUUGAUUCCCCUCGCCCAGCCCGGACAUCAGCGGCUGCUGCCGCCACCGCCGCUGUCUCGGCCGCCGCCGCCGCCUCACAAAGGGGUGCAAGAAGGAGAGGCGGCGCGGGUGGCGGGCACAGGCGCUGGUGCGCAGGGCGCGGGCCUCGGGGUCGCGGAGGCCGGGAGACAAAAGGAAAACUGCCUCUGUUCGCCGUGCCGGAUCGGAGCAGCGUGCUCACCCGCCUCCCGCCCGGCUCAGCGAUCCUCCUUCCCCCACCUUCUGCUGCUGCUCCGCCUCCCUUCCCGCGGACCGUCCCCGCAGUGCUCCGGGACUCGUGAAGCCUUCGGGGCGCGCGUCGCUGCUGGUGGUUGGGGCUCUAGCGAUAAUAAAUGAUAGAGGAUACAAUGACUUUGCUGUCUCUGCUGGGUCGCAUCAUGCGCUACUUCUUGCUUAGACCCGAGACGCUCUUCCUGCUGUGUAUCAGCUUGGCGCUGUGGAGUUACUUCUUCCACACUGACGAGGUGAAGACCAUCGUCAAGUCUAGCCGGGACGCCGUGAAGAUGGUGAAGGGCAAGGUCGCAGAGAUUAUGCAGAAUGAUCGGCUCGGGGGGCUUGACGUCCUGGAGGCUGAGUUUUCCAAGACCUGGGAGUUCAAGAGCCACAAUGUGGCUGUGUAUUCCAUCCAGGGCCGGAGAGACCACAUGGAGGAUCGAUUCGAAGUUCUUACGGACCUAGCCAACAAGACACACCCGUCCAUCUUCGGUAUCUUCGACGGGCACGGAGGCGAGACUGCGGCUGAAUACGUAAAAUCUCGACUCCCUGAGGCCCUUAAACAGCAUCUACAGGACUACGAGAAAGACAAAGAAAAUAGUGUAUUGUCUUACCAGACAAUCCUUGAACAGCAGAUCCUGUCAAUUGACCGGGAAAUGCUAGAAAAAUUGACUGUAUCCUAUGACGAAGCAGGUACCACGUGCUUGAUUGCUCUACUAUCAGAUAAAGACCUCACCGUGGCCAAUGUGGGUGACUCCCGUGGGGUCCUAUGUGACAAGGACGGGAACGCCAUUCCUCUGUCUCAUGAUCACAAGCCUUACCAACUGAAGGAAAGAAAGAGGAUAAAGAGAGCUGGUGGUUUCAUCAGUUUCAAUGGCUCCUGGAGGGUCCAGGGAAUCCUGGCCAUGUCUCGAUCCCUGGGUGAUUAUCCGCUGAAGAAUCUCAACGUUGUCAUCCCAGACCCAGAUAUCCUGACCUUUGACCUGGACAAGCUCCAGCCCGAGUUCAUGAUCUUGGCCUCAGAUGGCCUCUGGGAUGCUUUCAGCAACGAAGAAGCUGUUCGAUUCAUCAAGGAGCGCUUGGAUGAACCUCACUUUGGGGCCAAGAGCAUAGUUUUACAGUCAUUUUACAGAGGCUGCCCUGACAACAUAACAGUCAUGGUGGUGAAGUUCAGGAAUAGCAGCAAAACCGAAGAGCAGUGAACCCUCUGGGGUCUCAGCUGCCUUAGACUAAAGGACUUUCAACACACUCGUCUCUUUUAUGGUAGUGAAAGGUGUGGACGUUACAGUUAGGAUCAUUCAUCCCAGAUGUGGAAUUCCCUCUCCCUGGUCAUCGUAGGUCUAUAUUCGGUGAUGAUGAACAGAGGGUGCUCUUGGCUGAUGUAGUUGAGACGCUGGAAAAGGUUUCUUCAUGUUCCCCAAUUCUUUCAUCCAGUGUUCAAAAUGUAUAAGUGUAUAGUUGUAGACUCACAUGUAUGAAGUGAAUGGCAUAUGUGCCAUAUAGUCUCCCUUUUAAAAUUCUUUUCAAGUUCCCUUAAGGGGCCCUGCAGGCAUCAGACUUUGUGUCCUCUCUUUGGAGCCGUGAGCAGGGCAGGCCUUCUGGAGCUGCAGGAGACAGGCCACAGCGUCACCUGUGAGUCAGGGUGGCAGGGCCCUUUGCUGAGGUCAGAGCUGCCCCGAGAAAGCUUUGUCCUGUUGAGCCCAGGUUUCCAGCUUGGCAGCAGCCCAGACUCAGAUUUAGAAAGGUUGCUCUUCCACAGUUGCUCACGGAGACUGAGGGGAGCGGGGAAGUUGAGGCAGCCUGCACAGCAGAAAAAACCUUUUUGCCCUCCCUCCCCUUCUUAGUUAAAUAGACUUUGUGUACCACCUUUGUGCGUUUAUCCUAAGUGUGCAUGACCUUAACCUUUUUCCUACACCUUUAUGUAAUAGGCAGCUGUUAAACUUCACAGCCACACACCAUGAUCUUUUUGUCUUACGUUACUGAGAAACCUAUUGGGGAAGUCAAAAAAGCAAAUCGCAAUAUCAUAAUUCCUUCCGUCUGUAAAGGUAGAUAAAGCAAAAUAAUGGCUGAGUCACUGUGUCCCUUGGGAAGACUGUUAGCAUUGGAAGAAAAAGCUGGUGAGGUUAGCACCCUGAAGUGAGUUCAACUGCCAGUUUUUAUACUUCUUGUUCCCCCUUCUCCUAUUCUCAGAGCUCUCAAGUGUCUUUCAAGGAGUGUUCUGAGAAGCAGCAGCCUGGAGCUGCGUGUGUGUUCUUUGAAGCGCAGUACAGAGUUCCCAGCCACCUUUGGGAUUUGGUUGUGAACUGCUGGGAUGUGCUUCCCAGUGACGGUGGGAAGCAGCAGCUCUUCACGUUUGGCUGCAAAUCCCUGUCCACAGUGGGUGGCUUUCCCCAGGCAAGCCAUUCAGUGACAGCAAAGCCGUUUGGGAAUUCAAGCUCCAAUCUGCCCAGUUAUUUUGGGGCCAGGCUUGCUGCUCUCCGUUUCCUAUCACCAAAGUCCGGUUUCUAAUCUCUGUAUUUUAUAAGUUAAUUGACAGAAAAUGCUCAGUCAUCCUGUUUGCCUCACUGUGGUGGCUCAAACAGCCAGACUGGAUUUUCAUGCAUCCCCACCCCUCAGUGUCUGAAAUGCCAGGGUGUCCACCUCGUUCUGUUCUUUCGAGCCGCCGUUUGUCUUCAUAGCUUCUCGCAGGCCCCGUCCAUUGGGCGCCUCCUGCCCACGGUGCCCUCCCCUGCCUUUCCUCAGCUGUGGAGCUUUUCUGAAGCAGACUCCAGAGAACUUGGGAGGAUGAAAAGAUUCCCUUGUGGCUACUGAGUGAGGACGGCAAUCUGUCUUGAGUCCUCCAAGCACUUACCUUUCUUUGACUAUGAGAAUCAAUAAUGUUUUCCCAAGAGAUUUGCUUACUUUCUUAAACUGGAACCUUAGAAUUAUAACCUUGAUUUUUUUUUUUUAGCCAUAGAAUGUUUUAGUACAAACUAUCUAAAAUAUCUACCACCAUUUAGAUUGGAGGAUUUGCCUAUUAAGAGACACUGAACAUCUGGAUGUGCGUACUUGGGCUGGGGGGUCAGGCAGGGAGGGUGGGAAACGCGCUGACUGCAGUCAGUGACCGGCAGGCAGGCCAGGUGGCCUGAGUUUGCCUGGAGAUUUAAGACGCCCUGACUCUGGAGAGUUACCAAAGCCCACCAUCUAAUUCAAGUUCAGGAAUAAGCAAUUUCUUCAUCUUUACGCGGUCAAUGUUCCUUUUUUAUUUUUAACUUAACCCCAAAUUCAUAAUCAUAAGAAAAAGGCAUUUUUAAAUGCAACGAUCAUUGUUAUUUAUUGUCGAAAAUGAAAACAUAUUGUUUGGUGAAGAUGAAAAAGAAAAGCUGCUAAGCUAGCAAAUCAGUGUGUGUUUGCCCUGCCGAGAUCUCAGCAGGCGGUGCUGAGGCGGGAGUGCGUGACUUUUCCUCUAAUUGAGGUUCACAGGGUGUUUUUGGAAUUUUGCUUUGUAGAAUUUAUUCACUCCUGACUUGAACCAAGCAGUAUGUGUAUUUCCUGUUCCCCUUCUGCCAUUUUCCUCUCAUUUUGGCUUGUAGGUUUUUAAAAGAUGGGAGUCCUAGGCAACGUGGCAGCAGUUCGAUUAAUGCAUAUUUUUACUCUCUGAGUAUUUUGCUCCUUCCCCUGCCUCAGAACCCCCUCCCCCAACCCCCUCCAGCUGCUGGGCCCCCCAGGGCUCAGGGCUGCUCCCGUUUCCCAGGGGCAGGGAAGACUGAAUCUAGCUGUUAGAGAAGUCGAUUUGAGAAGUUUGCAUGUGAAGCUUCCCUAAACAGCACUGCCAAAGCUUUGGAUGGUACCCACCCAUGCACCUUCCCCCGCCCCACCCCCGCCCCACCCCAAGGCUGCCCAGACUCCGGUAGCCCGAGUUCGCCUUGCCAAUAGUCCCCAUGGUGCCAAAUUUGGGAUGAUUUUAUAGCCUUUUAGAAAUGAAGCUGGGAAGGAACGACCACAUCUUUAUGAGCCCCCAGCAGGACGCCGGGCCCAGGGUCUGGUUA